CUCUUAGAGGCUCCCUCGCUAACAUCACCACCUAGGUCCGCAGUAAUCAAAAUCUCUCCAAUCUCCCCUCCAAGCUCCAAUGGCAUCUAUUUACCAUUUCAUUUUUCUCACAGUUUUUCUCUUACUCUCGAACUUGUUCGUUAACCCUUCUUCAGCCACCUCGAGAAUGCUGGCUCUUGUUCAACAGCAACCGCUGGUUCUCAAAUAUCACAACGGCGCUCUUCUUAAAGGUAAUUACACGGUUAACAUCAUCUGGUAUGGCAACUUCUCCCCCGUCCAGCGCUCCAUUCUAGUCGACUUCUUCCAAUCCCUGAAUGCUCCUAUUCCCCCUGCACCCUCCGUCUCGUCGUGGUGGAAAAUUACCGAGAGGUACAAAGUGGGUUCCAGCAACCUCAUCUUAGGGAAGCAAAUCCUGGACGAGAAUUACUCUCUCGGGAAGUCUCUCAAGAUUUCUCAGAURGUUUCUUUGGCUGCUAAAGCAGGCCAUGUGAACGCCAUCAACGUCGUCUUCACGGCGAAAGAUGUGGUGAUCGAGGGCUUCUGCAUGAGCCGUUGCGGUACCCACGGGUCAUCUCGGGGGACCGCGGGGGACAAGAGCAAGUUCGCCUACUUGUGGGUUGGUAACUCGGAGACCCAGUGCCCGGGUCAAUGCGCCUGGCCUUUCCACCAGCCCAUUUACGGUCCACAAACGCCGCCGUUGGUGGCUCCCAACGGUGACGCCGGAGUUGAUGGUAUGAUCAUUAACUUGGCGACAGUCUUGGCGGGGACGGUGACGAACCCAUUUGACAACGGCUACUUCCAGGGGCCGCCAAACGCGCCACUAGAGGCAGUGUCCGCUUGUGGUGGAGCUUUCGGUAAAGGAGCUUACCCGGGUUACCCAGGGGAGCUUUUGGUGGACAAGACCACGGGAGCUAGCUACAAUGCGCGGGGCGUGAACGGUCGGAAGUACCUUCUCCCAGCCAUGUGGGACCCCAAAACAUCUGCCUGCGCCACACUUGUGUAAACGAAGAAAGCGUACGCGGAGGUGGCCUCUUGUAUCUAUGUAGAUACGGUUGCGGGUGGGGGUAGUGUUUGGAAGUUGAAACUACAGAACUAGGGAUACACUGUUUUUGAGUUUGUUGUUCUGCGCUGCCGUGUAAAUUUUUCAGUUUCCUUCUCUUUCUCUUGAUAUUAACUAAACAAAGACUGAUAUAUAUAAAUAAUAUAUUUAUAUA